UAGCUGAAUCAAAAUAUACAAAAAACCCUAAUAACCAAAGUUAUAUACACAGCACACUUAUCCAAACCUUUGCAUUUGGUUUAUAGAUAUGGAUGCAUCACCCAAGUACACAGGUGUAAGGAAGAGGAAGUGGGGGAAAUGGGUUGCUGAGAUUCGUCUCCCAAACAGCCGCGAGAGGAUCUGGCUAGGCUCUUUCGACACCGCUGAGAAGGCGGCGCGUGCUUUCGACGCAGCUCUUUAUUGUCUACGUGGCUCCGGUGCGCGUUUCAACUUCCCGGAAAAUCCACCGGAGAUACCUGGAGGACGUUCUUUGACGCCGCAGCAGAUUCAGGUCGUAGCCAGCCGUUUCGCCUGCGAGGAAGUGUUACCACCGCAGCAGCAGCAACAACAACAGCCUCCGUCGUCACCACGUGGAGAUAAGACGGAGGAUGGAGAAGGAAUUUCGUCGCGUGGGGAUAUUAGUGGUGGUAGUGGUGGGCCGACUUCAGGUCAAGUUGGGGAAGAUAACAACAACCACGAGGAUAAUAGUAAUGAUACGACAUCGUAUUGGCCGUUUCUGUGGGAGGAGAAUCAUGUGGUUCCUACUACGUCGGAAGAGUUUGGAACUUUUUUCAUGGACGAUGAUUCGACCAAUUUGUAUACGCAACAACAACAUCAGCUCUCAUCUGAUAUUUACGACGAUGGAGCUUAUGCUGUUGAAGAUGAUCUCUCUCAUUACAAUAUUAACCUUUGGAAUUUCUGAGAUCCUUUUUUUUAUCAGCGAUCUUGGGCCAAAAUAUUCCAUCAUUGCUGAAGGUGAAACAUUAAGCUACUAGCCUCUUAGUAUAGUAAGAGUGUAAGACUAGUAGCUAGGUAAUUCAUCUUAUUUAUCUUUCUAUUUUAUUAAUUUAAAAUUUACACCAAUUUGUUUCACAUAUAAUCUGUGUGCUAUAUGUGCUUUGUAUUACAUUGCAGUAUUGCACAUUACUUCCAUUGUAGUUUUCUUUUUUUUUUGUUUUCUACGAUUUGCUUUCGUUU